GUUUUUAAAACAGCAGAAGAUAAACUAAAACAAGACGUCGUCGUCGUCGUCUCUUCUUUGUCAGCAGAGAAGCUCCGGCGAUGAGUUUACACAAAUUGAGACUCGCUGCAGUUCCUAUAACCUUCUCUUCUCGUCUCUUCCUCAAGCCAUUUCCCAAUACUCUAUCCCUAGGUUUGUUUUCCCGCCAUCUUCAACCCCAUAAGCCUCUCCUAGUCAGAGCUUUCUCCGCUUCCGCCGCCGUACAAGAUAUUCCGGCCACGCAGGCCUCAGAUUCCUCUGCGAGGCCUCAGUGGAAAGCAGCGAUUGAUUUCAAAUGGAUAAGAGAUAAUAAGGAAGCUGUCGAAAUCAACAUUAAGAACCGAAAUUCGAAUGCUAAUUUGGAAGCAGUGCUUGAGCUUUACGAGAACAUGGUCAAUCUCCAAAAGGAAGUUGAGCAGCUUCGUGAGGAAAGAAACAACGUUGCCAAGAAGAUGAAAGGGAAGCUGGAACCAUCACAACGUGAGACACUCGUAGAAGAAGGUAAAAAUCUUAAGGAAAGUCUUGUAUCUCUGGAGGAAGACCUAGUGAAGCUUAAAGAUGAGCUGCAACAUGUAGCACAGUCUAUACCAAAUAUGACUCACCCUGAUGUUCCUAUUGGAGGAGAGGAUUCAUCGGCAAUUAGAAAGGAGGUUGGUAGUCCACGUGAGUUUAGUUUUCCAAUCAAGGAUCAUCUUCAGCUUGGGAAGGAUCUUGAUCUCAUUGACUUUGACUCUGCUGCAGAGGUAAGUGGUUCAAAAUUCUUCUAUUUGAAAAAUGAGGCAGUUUUAUUGGAGAUGGCGCUCCUUAAUUGGACACUAUCACAAGUCAUGAAGAAGGGUUUUACUCCCCUAACGACUCCUGAAAUCGUGAGAUCUUCUAUUGUUGAGAAAUGCGGUUUCCAACCUCGUGGAGAUAAUACUCAGGUUUAUUCUAUAGAUGGAACUGACCAAUGUCUCAUUGGCACCGCUGAAAUUCCAGUAGGAGGAAUCCACAUGGACUCUAUUCUUCUUGAAUCAGCAUUACCGUUGAAAUAUAUAGCGUUCUCUCACUGCUUCCGUACUGAAGCGGGUGCAGCUGGCGCCGCCACAAAAGGUCUUUACCGAGUUCAUCAGUUCAGCAAAGCAGAAAUGUUUGUCAUAUGCCGACCUGAAGAUAGUGAAUCCUUCCACCAAGAACUCAUUCAGAUUGAAGAAGAUUUGUUCACUUCCCUAGGAUUACACUUCAAAACAUUGGAUAUGGCCACAGCGGAUUUAGGCGCUCCAGCUUACCGCAAGUUUGACGUUGAAGCAUGGAUGCCCGGUUUAGGACGAUUUGGCGAGAUAUCAAGCGCAUCAAACUGCACGGAUUACCAAAGUCGGAGACUGGGAAUCCGUUACCGCCCAUCUGAACAACCUCAGACGGGUCCUAAGAAAGGCAAAGCGAAUCUUCCAGCUACUAAGUUCGUCCACACUCUAAACGCAACGGCAUGUGCGAUCCCGAGGAUGAUGGUGUGUUUACUGGAGAAUUACCAGCAAGAAGAUGGAUCUGUGGUGAUCCCUGAACCCCUUAGGCCUUUCAUGGGAGGCAUUGAACUCAUCAAACCCAAGCUCAAGUAGUUUUUUAUAGUUAGAUCUUUGCAAUUCUUGCAGUUAUUCCUCUUGUACUUGAGAUUUGUUCAUUAUACACUUUCACAAGAGCUGAGUUUUGUUGUGUUCUUUGCUCAAAACAUACAAUUUAUAGUUUAUAUCAUCAUAACCGAUGUUCUUUGAUUCGAUAAUAUUGGAAGGGAAAUAUACAUUAACAGGUUUC